AUGGCGCUCUGGGGCCAACCUUUACGUCUUUCAGGACAUCCCCGGACAUGUUGCAACUGUUUACGGCAGGCUCAGAGAGCAUUGGCAGCCUCGGGAGAUGUCGGCAGCAAGAACAAUGGCAGGAGGCGAUAUGUCUUAGCAGAGCAACGACGGCUAUUUCAAACAUCAAAACCUUUGAGAGAUGACGGGCUACCACGGCGACAGGCGCAACCAUUGGGCGACUUCUACACGGAUCUACUGGCUACACCAAUCCCCAAGGACUCCAAGGCAACUUCGGACUUGCCUACGUUCGUGAGCGCCGAAGACGAGUCCAAGGCGGAGCGAGCGGCGAAGCUCUUUGGCAAUAUACAUGGGUCCGGCUACGAGCGAAGGGUGUCAGACAAACCGGAUGCUACAUGGAGGACGAUCAACGGCGUACCAAUAGCACCGCGACCCGCCGAACCCGACAACUGCUGUAUGAGUGGGUGUAUGCAUUGCGUCUGGGAUGACUAUCGAGAUGAUAUUGAAGAUUGGGCAAAGCGCCUCCGCGAAGCACAGGCAAAGGGGGCGGAUCAAGGUCAGACGGCAACGCCCAAGGUUGACAUGCACCGGCCUGAAGUUGCCAGUGCGUCAGGGAGCAUGGACGACGAUGGGGGGGGAAGUGAGUCUCUGUGGGACACGCCCAGCUCAAGCGCUGGAGAGGCGGGUGAGCUCUUUGCGGGAAUUCCAGUGGGAAUUCGUGAAUUUAUGGCCACAGAGAAGCGUCUUCGAGAACGCAAACGAUCGCGCAAAGAGCAGGGCCGUUGA